AGUCUGUUGGUUUAACGACCUUAGGUCACAGCUAACUCCAAGUUUUCUUUCAACCCUGAGGAGUUGGGACUUGCCUUAGGGUCACACAAUCAUCUGUCCCCUGAGAUUCCUGAUUAAACCAGACCUCCAUAAAGAACUGUACAAAUUAGGGGCCCACUAUGUCUUUGCCUUUCUACCAGAAGUACCAUGAGCACUACGACCGAGAGUAUCGCAACAAAGAUCUUCGGUCCACCAUGAGCCAGUACCAACAGGCGAAGAAGAGCUCUGCUAUCUAUACUCAUGGCUCAACAGCCUACAGUCACAUGUCCUCGGCCCAGCACCAGGCCUCUGAAGCCUAUGGCUCCUCGGCCUAUAGGCAGGGCUCCCAGGCCUACAAUCGUGGAUCUGCAGCCUAUUCCUUAGGAUCUGAAGUCAGUAGUAAAGCCUCUUCAGCCUAUGAUUAUGGCUACAAUCUUGGACUGACAGAUUCCUCUCUAAUGGUAGAAGAUUAUUCCUCCAAGUUGAGUCCACAAACCAAAAGGGCCAAAAAGAGCCUGGUCUCUAGAGAGGAGAAGGAAAACCAGUCACAAGACUACGUGGUACCUAUCUUCUCAGGGCGCCAGGUAAACGUCAAUGGAAUCACUGAUACAGAAGAAGAAAGAAUUAAAGAAGCUGCUGCCUAUGUUGCCAGGAGAAAUCUAUUGGCCACUGGUGAAGGCAUCACCACCACCAAGCAGUCCACGAUGUCUUCACAGCAGGAGGAGCUUUUUGAGAAGAAAUCUAGGAAAGUGGCCAUACGAGAGAAGGCAGAACGCCUGGCACUGAGAAAAACAUUAGAAGAGACUGAGGAAUUUCAUAGAAAGUUGAAUGAAGACAGUCUCCUCCAUGCUCCUGAUUUUGUCAUCAAGCCUCGUUCCCACACUGUCUGGGAGAAACAGAAUGUCAGAUUACACUGCUCUGUGUCAGGCUGGCCAGAACCACGGCUCACAUGGUACAAAAACCACGUGCCCAUUGACGUCCAUGCUAACCCUGAAAAGUACACCAUUGAGAGCCGAUAUGGAAUGCACUAUCUGAAGAUUAAUGAAUGUGAUUUUGAAGACACUGCUCAGUAUCAGGCUUCUGCUAUGAAUGUUAAAGGAGAGGUUUCAGCUUACGCUUCCAUCGUGGUAAAGAGAUACAAAGGAGAGUUUGAUGAGACUUGUUUCCAUACUGGAGCUUCCACCAUGCCCCUCAGUUUUGGUGUCACCCCAUAUGGCUUUGCUUCCAAGUUUGAGAUCCACUUUGAUGACAAGUUCGAUGUAUCUUUUGGAAGAGAAGGCGAGACAAUGAGUCUGGGCUGUCGUGUUGUUAUUACCCCUGACAUUAAGCAUUAUCAGCCAGAAGUUCAGUGGCUCAGAAAUGGGACACUUGUCUCUCCAUCAAAAUGGGUCCAAACACAAUGGGGUGGAGAUCGAGCAACAUUGACCUUUUCCCAUCUCAAUAAAGAGGAUGAAGGGCUCUACACUCUCCGGCGGAUGGGAGAAUAUUAUGAGCAAUACAGUGCAUAUGUCUUUGUCCGAGAUGCUGAUGCUGAGAUUGCAGGAGCUCCCGCUUCCCCCCUAGAUGUGGUCUGCUUAGAUGCCAACAAAGAUUAUGUCAUCAUCUCUUGGAAACAGCCUGCUGUAGAUGGAGGGAGCCCAAUACUGGGCUAUUUCAUUGACAAAUGUGAGGUCGGCACAGACACCUGGUCCCAAUGCAAUGACACACCUGUCAAAUUUGCUCGCUUCCCAGUCACUGGAUUAAUUGAAGGUCGUUCUUACAUAUUUCGUGUCCGAGCGGUGAACAAAACUGGAAUAAGCCUCCCGUCCCGUGUUUCUGAGCCUGUGGCAGCACUGGACCCCGUAGAUAGAGCCAGGUUUAAAAGUCAACCUUCUGCACCCUGGACUGGACAGAUCAUUGUCACUGAAGAGGAACCUGCAGAGGGUGUUGUUCCCGGGCCGCCUACUGACCUCUCUGUGACAGAAGCCACCAGAAGCUAUGUUGUACUUAGCUGGAAGCCACCUGGUCAGCGUGGUCACGAGGGCAUUAUGUACUUUGUGGAAAAGUGCGUGGCAGACACGGAGAACUGGCAGAGAGUGAACACGGAGAUCCCUGUCAAAUCUCCUCGUUUUGCCCUGUUUGAUUUGGCUGAAGGGAAAUCCUACCGUUUCCGAGUUCGAUGCUCUAACUCAGCAGGAGUUGGUGAGCCCUCAGAGGCAACUGAUGUUACUGUGGUUGGGGACAAACUUGAUAUUCCCAAAGCCCCUGGCCGAAUCAUUCCCAGCAGGAAUACUGAUACUUCAGUGGUUGUUUCUUGGGAGGAAUCAAAAGAUGCUAAAGAGUUGGUUGGGUACUACAUUGAGUCGAGCAUUGUUGGAUCUAAUCAGUGGGAACCCUGCAACAAUAACCCUGUGAAAGGCUCACGGUUUAUCUGCCAUGGACUUCUUAAUGGUCAGAAUUAUAUAUUUCGAGUCAGAGCUGUGAAUGCCGCUGGACUUAGUGAAUAUUCACAGGUUUCAGAAGCAAUUGAAGUGAAAGCUGCUAUUGGGGGAGGAGUGUCUCAAGGUGUGUGGCCUGCACUGAAUGAUAAAGCUGACGGACUAACCGACUCCAAGGGAGGCAUGCAUGAAGCCUCCCGGCCAACCUUUAAGAAAGCUGCUUUGCUUGAUAGCGGUGAUACAUUUAACCAAUACCCACCACCCAGUAGCUCUGAUAGCCUGGACAAAACAGAAGUCAGUAAAGUAAGUGAAAAAGUUCAGGAUGAUCAGGCACCUGCUCCAGCCUCGAAGAAGGGAGCUGCUAAGGGGAAACCAGAAGUAAAAGAAGUAAGUGAAACAGUUCAGGAGGAUCAUAUGCCAUCAGCAGAACCUGAGAAAGCGGCUGACCAGGAGGAAAGUAAGUCUGAUCCUGCAGCCCCUGCAACUUUGGAAAAAGGGAAAAAGAAGAAGGCCGUAGCUACUCCAUCUCCACCCUAUGACAUCACUUGUCUUGAGAGUUUCCGUGACUCAAUGGUUCUUGGAUGGAAGCAACCAGAUAAGACCGGUGGAGCUGAAAUUACUGGCUAUUAUGUGAACUAUCGUGAGGUUAUUGGUGGAGUACCUGGGAAAUGGAAGGAGGCCAACAUUAAGGCCAUCAGUGACCAGGCAUACAAGAUAAGCAACUUGAAAGAAAACGUGGUCUAUCAGUUCCAAGUGGCUGCGGUGAACAUUGCUGGGGUGGGGACUCCCUCUAAAGCUAGUGCAUCCUUUAAAUGUGAGGAAUGGACCAUUGCUGUUCCAGGACCACCUCAGGAUCUGAAGUAUAGUGAAGUCAGGAAAACCUCCCUGGUUCUCCACUGGAAGCACCCAGUGCAUUCUGGUCGCACUCCUGUCACUGGUUUCUUUGUUGACAUCAAAGAGACAAAGGCUAAAGACGAUCAAUGGCGAGGGAUCAAUGAGAAGCCAAUAACAAAUGCAUACUUGAAGGUCAAAAACCUCAAGGAAGGUGUCAGUUAUGUAUUCCGUGUCCGAGCCUUAAACCAGGCAGGUGUCGGGAAACCUUCUGAUAUUGCUGGUCCCGUUGUGGCAGAAACCCGUCCAGGAACCAAAGAGAUUGUCAUCAAUGUUGAUGAUGAUGGAGUCAUUUCUCUGAACUUCGAAUGUGAUCAGAUGUCCAAACACUCUAAAUUCAUCUGGUCAAAGGAUUACGUACCAGUUGAAGACUCUUCUCGAAUAGAAGUUGAUACCAAAGGCAAUAAGACUAAAGCUACUUUUAAAGACCUUGGAAUAGAUGACUUGGGAAUUUACUCCUGUGAUGUCACAGACACUGACGGAAUUGCUGCAAGCUAUUUAAUAGACGAAGAGGAGAUGAAACGUUUACUCGCCCUCAGCCAAGAACACAAAUUCCCAAUCGUCCCACUUAAAUCUGAGCUGGCUGUAGAAAUUAUGGAGAAGGGGGAAGUUCGGUUCUGGAUGCAGGCUGAAAAGCUCUCAGGCAAUGCCAAGGCCAAUUACAUAUUUAAUGACAAGGAAAUCUUUGAUGGGCCGAAAUACAAGAUGCACAUGGACCGAAACACAGGAAUAGUUGAAAUGAUUAUGGAGAAGCUUCAGGAUGAGGAUGAGGGAACAUAUACGUUCCAGAUCCAAGAUGGGAAAGCAACCAACCAGUCCACUGUCGUUCUCAUUGGGGAUGUCUAUAAAAAACUUCAGAAAGAAGCUGAAUUCCAGAGGCAAGAAUGGAUCAGGAAACAAGGUCCUCAUUUUGCUGAAUAUCUCAGCUGGGAAGUGACUGGUGAAUGCAAUGUGCUGUUGAAAUGCAAGGUGGCCAAUAUUAAGAAGGAAACACAUAUCGUGUGGUACAAAGAUGAGAGGGAGAUAACAGUGGAUGAAAAGCAUGACUUUAAGGAUGGUAUAUGUACUCUGCUUAUAACAGAGUUUUCCAAGAAAGAUGCUGGUUUUUACGAAGUGAUAUUGAAAGAUGACCGAGGAAAAGACAAGAGCAGACUAAAGCUUGUGGAUGAAGCUUUUAAAGACCUGAUGGCUGAAGUCUGCAAGACAAUUGCUUUGUCUGCCACAGAACUGAAAAUCCAGAGCACAGCAGAGGGCAUCAGGCUGUACUCCUUUGUUAAUUAUUACCUGGAUGAUCUGAAAGUGAACUGGACCCACAACGGAACUGCUAUUAGGUAUAGCGACAGAGUUAAGACCGGUGUCACUGGAGAGCAGAUUUGGUUACAAAUCAAUGAGCCUACUCCAAAUGACAAAGGAAAAUAUGUAAUGGAACUCUUUGAUGGCAAAACUAACCAUGAGAGGAAACUGGAUCUUUCUGGACAAGCCUACGAUGAAGCUUUUGCUGAAUUCCAGAGGUUAAAACAAGCUGCUAUUGCAGAGAAAAACCGUGCCCGUGUAUUGGGAGGUUUGCCAGAUGUGGUCACCAUACAGGAAGGCAAGGCUUUGAAUCUUACUUGCAACCUCUGGGGUGAUCCCAGUCCCGAGAUCUCCUGGCUGAAGAAUGAAAAGCUGUUGGCCUCAGAUGAGCAUUGUAUCCUGAAGCUAGAGGCUGGGAAGACAGCCUACUUCACCAUUACUGCAGUCCAAACGAAUGACUCUGGAAAGUACAGCCUGGUGGUGAAAAACAAAUAUGGCUCGGAGACAAGUGACUUUACUGUCAGUGUGUUCAUCCCUGAGGAAGAGGCAGCAAAAGCUCCCUCUGAGACCUCAAAACAAACUAGGAAGACAAAGUAAACUUUAGACUAAGGAAGAAUGGUAUAUGAGCGAAGAUGAGAUGGCCCGUGAUAGGUGGAAUGAAAGUGGUUUGAUUCGAAGAUAAGAAGCAGUCUUUGUACUGUCCACUGAGUUCUUAUGUCAGCGCUGUCCCUACAGGCAUAAUUGUAAAAUCUCCCCUGUGUCCACAAAACCUACUGACAAGGGCCAUCCUCACAGUUUUCCUUCACAUAAUACAAUUUCCUAAGCAGAUGACCCGGGAAAUAAAUAGCAAGAUAUAGUUUUAAGGAAAAAACAAGAUGAGCUUGUUGGGAAGAAAAGCCAGGGUCAAAGAGAUGCUUUCUAGAGCAUUAGAGAAUCUGGAGAGAGUCAUUAGCCCAGAAGGUGUUAGAGAGUGCCAUUAGAACAUAGUGUAGCAUAGCAUGGCUCACUGAGAUAAGGUGUUAAGCCAACUGGUGUUUUCAAUGUGUGGCCCUAGUAGAGAUUUGUAAGUUGUGUCAAUACUGUUUUGAUGUUGAAACCUCCUCCUCACUGGCAAAUAAAGGCUCACGUACCUUUCUUUUUAACCAUCAA